AUGGAGGACUGUGGUUUGGUGGACUUAGGUUUCUACGGUCCUAAAUGCACCUGGUCCAAUGGUAGAGGGCAGUGUUCUAUUGUAUGGAAGAGGCUAGACAGAGGCCUGGUUAAUGAUCAAUUGCUAGCUACUUUCCCUACUACUACUGUCUCUCACCUAGCUUCAGCUGGUUCAGAUCACACCCCCCUCCUAAUGGAAAUCAAUGUGAGGAAUGAAAAUGGCAAGAAGUAUUUCAGAUUCCUGAAUUGUUGGGUUGACAAUGUCAAGUUCAAACCUUUUGUUCAAGAGAUCUGGGACAAAGAUGUGAAUGGAGAAGCAAUGUGGAUAUUCUAUCAGAAGCUUAAGGCACUUGCUAAUGGUCUGAGCAGGUUGUCAAGAUAG